AUGUCAAGGCUACAAGCUGCACACAUCACGGAGAAAAGUCGUAUUCCUGACCUCAUCGCAGACAUGGCGAUGCGACAUCCACACAUGAGGGAAAAGUUCACGCAUGACAGGGGCAGAGCCGAUCUCUUGUUUAAGGUCAAGUACGAUCAUACCCACUCUGCGACAACAUGCGAUCACUGUGAUAGGCACCAGCUAGUUACCCGGGCACCACGGAAUGGAAACGACCCUGUUAUCCACUACGGACUGAUCGCAUCUGGUAACCAGGUCAUCAAGGAUGGUCGGACCAGAGACCGACUGGCCCGGGAACUGGGGAUCCUGUGCUUUGAGAUGGAGGCGGCCGGCCUGAUGGACACGUUCCCAUGCCUAGUGAUUCGAGGCAUCUGUGACUAUGCCGAUUCUCAUAAGAAUAACCAAUGGCAGGAGUAUGCAGCUGCGACCGCAGCUGCAUACGCCAAGGAGCUUCUCUCCGUGGUACAUGCCGUCCACGUCGCAGAGACACCUUCAGCUGUGUCGGUCACUGACGUCGUCCAUAGCAGCAAGACCCUGUCCAAACCGCGAGGGUCAUCAACUUGGUUGACCUGGCAAAACGAUGAUCUCGAUGAUGAAACGCUAUUCAGGCGGAUUUCAACCUACGAGCAUGGGAAAGUUCACCGGCGACUUUCUCGCAAACGACUCAUGGGGACAGCGCAGUGGUUCUUGGAUCAUUGCGACUUCAAGGUAUGGCUGGUGGAGAAGAAAUUCUCGAUUCUGUGGUGUUCUGGGCAAAACGCGCUGAACCACUUUUUCGGGAAGAAGCGAGUGGUUCCCGACUUUGACGAUUUGAAGGACGUUUUCAUCCAGUUAUUCUACCACGUCCCCGACGUAGUGUAUAUCAUUGACGGACUCGAUGCAUUGAACCCGGAUCAUAGUAAAGACCUUUUCGAGGUCUUUAAGGUCUUGUUCUGCGGUCCAGGAACGCGACCAGGGUCACGAAUACUCGUUCUCAGCAGGGAACAACUGCCUGGAUACACAGGCAUCCCCAUGUUCAUGGCAGGCAUUCAUCAAAUUUCGACUACGUCUAACGUGAUGCCAGAUCUUCAGACCUACAUUGAUACGAGUGUCACCGAUAAAUCGAUGAGUCGGAAGCUUACUGACAAUUUACCCUUGUUGGAUGAGGUGAAGCAGAUCCUUCUGAUGGAAUCAUCAGGAAUGUUCCUUUGGGUCUAUCUGCAGUUGGAGAUUCUGUGGCAAGACUGUUUCACGGACAAUGAUAUCCGGUCAGCGUUGCGAGAUCUUCCGAGAGAUCUGGAGGAGACCUACCGUCGCUGUGUCCGAAGAAUCAACUUUACCAAUCCUUAUGCGCUGCGAGUCCUCCAGUGGGCCGUAGCCUUUGAUCUGCAGGACGUGGUAUGGGACGCCGGAAAGAUCCCCCGAGCGGAUGUGGUGAUUGGGUGCUGUGCAAAUCUCGUGGCGGUCGAUCCCUCUGAUUAUUGUGUUCGCUUUGCGCAUCCCUCCGUCAAGACGUACUUGCAGAAGGAUUCAGCAAGCUUUAUUCCAGGAUACCCGAAAUCCGAUAAGCAAGGCGAGCUCCAAUGCGGAGAAUUCUGUGUGGUGUAUCUGUCAUUCUCCAACUUCAACCUCCAACUGGUGAAGCCAGCCAACGAGACCGCAGCGGUAACAGUCCCGGAUCCUAAGCUGCUCGCCGGCGAGGCAUUGGCAUCUCCCUUGGCUAGAUUAUUCUGGGGACGAGGGCCAGAUCCCAAACGUCCCACACAAUUACAAUUUCGACAGAUCCGGUCAGCCACUAUUGCAGAUCGUUCGCAAUACAAAUUUCUGGACUACGCAGCCGCCCACUGGACCUUGCAGACCAAGAAGAUCACUUUCUUAUCUCCACUUUGGGAGAGAUUUAAGCAGAUCUCGUUGUGUUUCAACGAAACCUGGAAUUUCCACCCCUGGGUGGUCGGCGGCCGCUCACAAUCCUCACGUCUACAUGGCCUCUUCGGCUGGGCCGUCAAGGAAGGACACAUCCCGUUGUUGGAGAUGGGCGCUCGCUUCCGGCCGAGACAUACGGGAGCUAGCAAGGGGCAUCGAGACGUUGUGACCGUGCUUCUACUUUCAGAGAGCGCGAGAGUGGAUCUCCCGUCCAAGACCCAAGUUACACCCCUCUGGCUGGCUGCCUGUCAUGGCCACCGGCACGUCCUGCGGAUCCUGGCCGAGAAGCAAGCCUAUCUGGAGGCCAGAGAGAGUUCAACACGACGAACGCCGCUUUCACAGGCUGCUGGUAACGGGCACCACGCUGUUGUCGAGCUUCUCGUGGACAGGGGAGCGAAGCUAGAGUCAAAGGACGCCGGGGGUCGAACACCGUUAUCUUGGGCCGUCCAGAAUUGCCAUCCGGACAUGGUUGAGCUGUUACUUGAAAAAGGCGCUAACCCUGAUUGUAAAGAUGCAAGCAAGGAACAAUUGCUGUUAUGGGCGGCCCAGACUGGACAUGCUGCGAUCACAGGCUUGCUGGCCGCAAAUCCCAAGACGAACCUCAACGCUACCGAUGACGAGGGGCUAACUCCUUUAUGGUGGGCUGUCGGGAAUCAAAAUUUGGUGAUCGCGAAGAUUCUUCUCGAGCGGGGGGCAAAUCCGGAGGUCCGAGAUGCUGCCAGCCAGACGCCUUUAAUGUGGGCAGUGAGGAAUAUGCACGAGGGACUGACUAGAAUACUGCUUGAGAAAGGUGCGGUUAUUGAUGCUAGAGAUAAGUACGAAAGAACAGCAUUUUUCUGGGCUGUGGAGAAUAACCACGAAGGAAUGGUCAGGUUACUGCUGGACUGGAGCGGCGAUCACACGGGAAAGGAAAAGUUCAUUGAGGAUAUUCUCUCAUGGGCUGCACGAACACAGACUGACGACACGGUGAACCUAUUCCCAGGCAAAGAUAAAGACCUUAAGGACCAAACUCCACCGAUGCCGACGCCGUUACUGUGGGCUGUAAGAGAAAGCUACGAGGGGCUAGCUCAGCGAUUCAUAGAGCGCGACACCACUAUCAAUCAGGAAGGCCUUCUCAGACAGUCGAACCGGUCCCUCCUAUGGGCCGCGAAGAAUGGCCAUGCGCUUGCAGCCAAGCUGCUACUCAAGCAGGGCACAGACCUUGAGGCCAAGGAUCCCUUUGGCAAUACAGCACUUCUGUGGGCCGUCCGGGGAGGCCACAUCACAAUCACUCGGCUGUUGGUUGACCAUGGUGCCGAUAUCCACGCGAGAACUGUUCACGGGGAGACACCACUAUGGUGGGCUGCAAGGAAUGGACAUGAGAUGCUUGUGGAAUUGUUGCACGACAAAGGUGGAGAUAUUGAAGCCAAGGAUAAGUUUGGCCUCACACCAUUAGCUUGGGCGGUUGAGAAUGGACACAGGCCAGUGGCCAAGUUAUUGGUUGGCUGGGGCGCUGACAUUCGGGCUUCUGAUAAGGCCGGGCAAACACCACUCUCUAGGGCUGAUGCCAGGGGAAUGCGAAGUCUGUUACUCAGGGGAUGA